ACAGGAAGACUGAUCCAUAUCGAUGAGAACUAAGUAAAAGUACCGCCAUAAAACUCUGUGGCAUCAUAGCUUUUAUUUUUCCAGUCAGCCUUAAACCCUAAUUACGCAUUCUGAUUCCCCCCUCUGUGGCACCGAGAAGAUGCCCAAAUGUUCACCCUGUGCGUCUCCCUGGUCCUCCCUGUGGCUGACAUCUUUUGUUAUUUUGGUGGUGCAGUCGGUAAUCUCUUCCUCGUACUCUUCCUCCUCCACAUACCAGAGAACCGCAGCUGGAGGGAAGCGACCAGGCUUCUUGAGGAGGACGCUGGUUCUUUUGGAUGUCAACACCCGCAGUCCGAUCAGAGUCCUCAACGACAACUUCUUAUCGUUGCAGCUGGACCCCGCGAUCAUCAGAGACGGCUGGCUGGACUUUCUGAGCUCCAGACGGCUCGUGACCUUGGCGCGCGGCCUGUCUCCUGCCUUUCUGCGCUUCGGCGGAAAACGAACCGACUUCCUGCAGUUCAACAACCAGAAGAACCUUGCCAAGUUCAGAGGCCCCGGUCCAGACUACUACCUGAAGAACUACGAGGACGAUAUAGUGCGCAGUGAUAUUGCACUGGACAAACAAAAAGGCUGCAAACUGGCCCACCAUCCUGACAUCAUGCUGGAGCUGCAGAGGGAGAAGGCAGCCACCACACAGCUCGUCCUACUGAAGGAGCAGCUGUCCAACAUCUACAGCAACAUAACAAUAACAGCCAGGUCUUUAGACAAACUGUACAACUUUGCCGACUGCGCUGGUCUGCACCUGAUCCUGGGGCUCAACGCGCUGCACAGAAACCCAGACAACUCCUGGAACACAUCCUCCACACUGAGCCUCCUGAAGUAUGGUGCUGGAAAGAAGUAUAACAUCUCCUGGGAGCUGGGCAACGAGCCUAAUGCCUACCGAAGCAUGGUGGGUCGUGCGGUCAACAGCACCCAGUUGGCUCAGGACUAUGCCAAGCUGCGGACCCUCCUGCAGUCUGUACGCUACUACAACCGAGCUCAUCUUUAUGGACCAAAUGCCGGACGACCCCGAAAGAAUGCUGUUGUCUUGCUGGAUGGGUUCAUGAAGAACAGCGGCUCAGUUAUAGAUGCAGUUACGUGGCAACAUUACUUCAUGGAUGGCAGAGUUAAAAAAGCAGAGGACUUCCUCAAGACUCGUCUUCUUGACACACUGACCGAACAGAUUACUAAAGUCACCAAGGUUGUUAACACACACACUCCAGGGAAGAAGGUGUGGCUGGGUGGACUUGCCCCAGCAUGGGCUGGAGGCAUCAACAAUCUCUCUGAGACAUUCGCUGCAAGCUUUUUGUGGAUAAACACGCUGGGUGUGGCUGCUGUUCAAGGCAUUGAUGUGGUUUUGCGGCACUCAUUCUUUGACUAUGGAUACGCACACCUUGUGGAUCAGCAUUUUAACCCUUUACCUGACUACUGGUUUUCUCUGGUCUUCAAGCGCCUUGUUGGUCCGAAGGUUUUAGCCGUCCGAGUAGCUGGACUGCAGAGGAAGCCCCAACCAGGGCGAGUCAUUCGGGACAAGCUACGAAUCUAUGCUCACUGUACAAGCUACUACAAUCCUAACUACAUGAGAGGAUCCAUAACAGUCUACAUAAUCAAUCUACAUCGGUCGAGGAAGAAAAUCAAGCUGGCAGGAACGUUACGGAACAGGACCGUCCAUCAAUACCUUCUGCAACCUCACGGCGAGGGUGGACUCAGAGCCAGACAUGUUCAACUAAAUGGCGAGAAGCUUCUUAUGGGUAAAGAUGAGACAUUCCCAGAGCUGAAGCCUAAGGUUCUACGGGCUGGAAGGACAAUAGCUAUGCCUCCAAUGACCAUAGGUUUUUAUGUCAUCAAAAACAUUAAUGCAUACGCUUGUCGGAGAUAACAAUGACUCUUCAUUCCCAAGGGCAGAACCUCCCUGAAUUCUCCGGAUUCAAAGCCUAAACCCUAUAUCAUCAGAGGAGAUGGUGUCGUCCUACAUAGGACACCUAAGCAGUGUAAGAGAGACACACCCUAAAUUCUCUAGCAGCCAACUAACACUGAGUUUGGUAUUUUAUCUGGAAUAUUUAAACCACUCUUCCCAGUUUCAGAUAAAGCUCACAUUCAGUCCUCUAUUCUAACCAAGACUUUCUCACUAUAUGAUGGACGUCACUGCUGGACACUUUUCUUUUUCACCAGCUGCUCCUCAAAAGCUGCAAGACUUUAUAUGAUAAGUUAUUGUUUUUGGACUGUGAUGGCAUUUUCAUUGUUUGGUGCACAAAAUGGCAAAAUUAUUCUAUUUCAGUGUCUUUUUUUCUGUUUAAUCUAUCAAAAAUUGAAGGAAAACACAAAUGCAGCAUUUCUUAUAGAGACAACUGCACUGGCUUACAUAUCUCAGCCUGUACAGUGCGGUUAUAUGCUUUUUAAAAUAUGAAAUUGAACAAGCUACUGAUGUGUCUACUAAAAGCAUUUGUUCCCUUGGUUUUCCAAAGGCUUACGUUAAAAGUGUGAUUUUGCUAAUUUUGUGUUUUGUUUUUGCUUUAGUGAUGCAAGGUUUCAUUUAUUCCGGUAGAGUUUGACAUUAGUAAUGCUGUUCCGACUUUUCCUGAGAAAAAGCUGAAAUAUGAAGUACGUUUAAAACUGGAUAAAAUCCCAGUUUUCAGGUACAUUUUUAUGCUUUUUUUGUUUGUUUUUUUCCAUUUAUUUUAGAUUUUAUAACCCAUACUCCGUUAAUGCUGCUAGGUCACUUUUGUACGGAAUACAUCUUUGUACAGAUUUAAAUUAGAAACUUUAGAUCAACUAAUGUACAUAAAAAAAAUAAAUGAAUAUAAGCUCUAUUUGUUAGAUUCAGUAAACAUUUAAUUUAUGAUACAAAGGUCUAUUACGUUUCUAAUAUUGAAUGUCCAGUUGUCUUGUUGCUCGGAAGGCUUUUAUUUUUAAAGAAAACUCAUAAUAAUGAGUUAUGUAAAACCAUUGAUGCCUAUUUUCAUGAUUUUUCCCAUAAAACCCCCGCAACCCAACAUACAGUCAUUUUCAUUAAAUAAAAAAAUCUAUAUUAAAAAAAUUCAAAAAACAAUAUUUAAUAAAUACUAUUCAUUAUGUCAAUAUUUUUAUAUGAACCUUUUAUUAUUGUCUUGAACAAAUAUUAAAGUUUUAAAUAUUGUUAAGGGUAAAAUCCUUAUAAAACGAUGUCUUUUUGUUGGUAAUCUUGUAUGGUGUGUUUUAUUUAGUUAAUGAUAAUUAGAAAACUUUCCAAAAAUGUUCUAAUUUAUUGAAAAUCAUUGUAAUUUAUAGGGAUUUUACAUCAUAGACCAACAAAAUUGACACAUAAUUGUAAAGUAGAAGGAAAAUGAAAAUGAUAUGUAAAAACGCAUCUUCUUUUAUGUUUACCUUGACCUAUAAAAGGCAUGUGGUAAAUACAGAGGAUAACUCUUACUGCUUUCUUUAAAAAAUUCAACAUUGUUGCAUCCCUCUAAAGCGUACAUGAACAUGUAGUUCAUUUAAUCGAAUGAGCUCUAAGUUUAUUUAGUUCCAUUGUAUUUAAUUUAAAGAUAAACAACUAAAA